UGGAGUCAGCAGUGUUAUAAAUAGGAGCGGGUGAGGCGUGAGCCGUGUAGUUCACCACCAUCACCAGGCUGUAUUGUUGUGAACGAGAGCGGUCGACAGGUGAAUUUUCAAGCUUUCCAUAACAAGUGUCCAAGCCGCGCGAGGUUAACGUUCAAGAUGCAGAUCUUUGUGAAGACCCUGACCGGGAAGACCAUCACCCUAGAGGUUGAGCCCAGUGACACUAUUGAGAAUGUCAAGGCUAAGAUCCAGGACAAAGAAGGCAUCCCACCUGAUCAGCAGAGGCUGAUCUUUGCUGGCAAGCAGCUGGAAGAUGGCCGCACCCUGUCUGACUACAACAUCCAGAAGGAGUCAACCCUCCAUCUUGUGCUGCGUCUGAGAGGUGGUAUGCAGAUCUUUGUGAAGACCCUGACCGGCAAGACCAUCACCCUAGAGGUUGAGCCCAGUGACACUAUUGAGAAUGUCAAGGCUAAGAUCCAGGACAAAGAAGGCAUCCCACCUGAUCAGCAGAGGCUGAUCUUUGCUGGCAAGCAGCUGGAAGAUGGCCGCACCCUGUCUGACUACAACAUCCAGAAGGAGUCAACCCUCCAUCUUGUGCUGCGUCUGAGAGGUGGUAUGCAGAUCUUUGUGAAGACCCUGACUGGCAAGACCAUCACCCUAGAAGUUGAGCCCAGUGACACUAUUGAGAAUGUCAAGGCUAAGAUCCAGGACAAAGAAGGCAUCCCACCUGAUCAGCAGAGGCUGAUCUUUGCUGGCAAGCAGCUGGAAGAUGGCCGCACCCUGUCUGACUACAACAUUCAGAAGGAGUCAACCCUCCAUCUUGUGCUGCGUCUGAGAGGUGGUAUGCAGAUCUUUGUGAAGACCCUGACUGGCAAGACCAUCACCCUAGAGGUUGAGCCCAGUGACACUAUUGAGAAUGUCAAGGCUAAGAUCCAGGACAAAGAAGGCAUCCCACCUGAUCAGCAGAGGCUGAUCUUUGCUGGCAAGCAGCUGGAAGAUGGCCGCACCCUGUCUGACUACAACAUCCAGAAGGAGUCAACCCUCCAUCUUGUGCUGCGUCUGAGAGGUGGUAUGCAGAUCUUUGUGAAGACCCUGACCGGGAAGACCAUCACCCUAGAGGUUGAGCCCAGUGACACUAUUGAGAAUGUCAAGGCUAAGAUCCAGGACAAAGAAGGCAUCCCACCUGAUCAGCAGAGGCUGAUCUUUGCUGGCAAGCAGCUGGAAGAUGGCCGUACCCUGUCUGACUACAACAUUCAGAAGGAGUCAACCCUCCAUCUUGUGCUGCGUCUGAGGGGUGGCUGUUAGUUAUUGUGGACCUUGCUUUACAUUAUUGCUAAUAGCAUUUGUUUUUGCACUGUAGCCCUUUAAUGUCUUACAAUAUUAAGUUAAAUACAAGUUGCAGAAACUGCUGAACAGUCUGUGAAUGCUAAUAAAGAUUUUUGUUGCACAUUA